GGCAAAGUCGCAGAGUUUGCGCCAAAUGGACAAACCAAACCCCGCAAACGUAAACCUUUAACUUUAACUGCUUCCCUUCUCCUCCUUCUUCUUCUGUAACUCUCCUUCAUUCUAUUUCUCAUUCAUAUUCAUAUAAAGCUUCAUCACUUUCCCCAAAACACUGUUGUUUCUACCGGUUCCGCGGCAUUGGUUGGCUGGUAUGAAUAGUGUGUUCAGCGAGCAGAUACUCGCGGACAAGCUGUCCAAGCUCAACAGCACCCAGCAGUGCAUUGAAACUUUAUCACAUUGGUGUAUAUUUCACCGAAGCAAAGCAGAGCUGGUAGUGGGAACAUGGAAUAAACAGUUUCACAAUUCAGAGAAGGUUCAGCGAGUCCCCCUUCUGUAUCUUGCAAAUGAUAUCCUGCAAAACAGCAGGCGUAAAGGAAAUGAAUUUGUGACCGAGUUUUGGAAGGUUCUUCCCUCAGCACUUAAGGAUGUUCUUGAGAAAGGUGAUGAUCAAGAAAAUCGUGCAGUAUUUAGACUGGUUGAUAUAUGGGAGGAAAGGAGAGUGUUUGGAUCUCAGGCUAAGAGCCUUAAAAAUGUAAUACUUGGAGAAGAAGCACCUCCACAGUUGGAAUUCAACAAAAAGCGGUCCCGUUCUGUUAGAAUUGUGAAAAAGGAUUCUCGUUCCAUCAAAACGAAAUUGUCCAUUGGAGGUACAGCAGAAAAAAUAGUCUCAGCCUUUCAUACGGUGCUUAAUGAACAUUCCAAUGAAGAUGCAGAGAUGAGUAGAUGCAAGUCAGCUGUUCAUCGUGUGAGGAAGAUGGAAAAAAAUGUUGAUAUUGCAUGCGCUGUUGUAAAGGACCCUAAGCGAAAAACUUUGUCCAAGGAGCUAGUGGAGGAAGAAAAUAUUUUGAAAGAAUGCAUUGAAAAUCUCAAAUUAGUUGAAGCAAGUAGAACAGCACUUGUUAUUCACUUAAAAGAAGCUUUGCAUGAGCAGGAAUCUGAGCUGGAGAAUGUUCGCACUCAGAUUCAGGUAGCGCAAGCACAAGUAGAAGAGGCUAGCUACAUGCGGAAGCGACUUGAUGAUGAAGAUUCUUCAUAUAAAGCCUCAAUUUCAACGACUUCACUUACUGAUGUGAAUACAAAAUCAGAAGCAGCAACUAAGAAGUCAGCUGCUGCAAUUGCAGCUGAGGUUGCAGAUAAGCUAACAGCUUCUACGUCAUCUCAGUUAAUCAUGACUUCUGUUCUCUCAACAUUUGCAGCGGAAGAGGCAAAAAGUGCUUGUCUAACUUCUGAGUCCAUGUCAAAACCUGAGAAGUCAAUACCUAUAUCAGAUCCAAAUGUUUUUGUGUCUUCACAACAGUUAAUUGCCACACCCAAUCAUUCAUAUCCUUCAGUUUUGGUACCUCAACCCACCUUGCAGAAUCCAGCUGCUGCAUUACAGGGUCAAUAUCAAAUGCUUUGUAAUUCAUCCUCCCAACAUUAUUUGCAAUCAACAGGAGGUGUCAUUUCUUCUUAUGGUUAUGGUAGCAUCACACCAUUACCACCGGGACCACUCCCACCCCAUAUGGUGGGUCCAGUGGUGCCUUUAACGCAUCAGGCAAUGCAAAUAACUCAGCAGCAGCCAACACCUAUAGCUCAGCAUCAACCAAUAAAAAUGACACAACAAGCCCCAGCACCUCCUAGUUUCCGACCACUUCAACUGCCAGGAAUGGUGUACUAUGGUAAUCAUCAGCAUUCUAUAUGAGACCUGCAGUAACUAGAAUUUAAUCAAAAUUAUCUGUUUUAAACAAGCAAAAUCUUGAGAUUAUUUAAUUUUGAGCAAACAGUAUGCUCACUGGGGUUGAGUUGGAAAAUACGUGGAAGCCAGGCUAGCACCCUGGUCCCUGGGAUGUUAAAGGAAAGUAUCACAACUCAAGAUUAUAAAUGCUUCAAACAAAUUUUUUGAGACUGAGUGAGCAGUGAGUUCUCAUGAGUAAGGUAGUGUUUUCAGAGAUAUUUUGCCAGAAAUUUUUUGAUGAUAAUGUACUUGUACUGUACAUACUUGGCUAAUCAAAUAAUUAUUGGAUUAUAUUAGAUAAAGGAAACUCUGAUGAGGCAGAGUGUCUUUCUCGUCCCCCUCAUAUAAAUUUGUGUUUGAUGUUGUGCUUGGUUGAUUGGAGCAACUUUCACAGUUUUACAUCCCCCAACUCUGAGCUUUGUCAAUUAGAUGAAACUAAUUGAUAUCUAAAGGAGGAAAUGUGAAACCAGGGUGUCGUUCAACUUCAGCACAGUAAGUCCUUAUGCCUCUCCUGUGGUGUUACAUGGAAGAAGGUUGGCACUUGGAGGCUGUAUGUUGACUACAGAAGCUCCACCAAGCAUACCUUAAGGGCCAGGUUAGCAUGUAUGAUAAGGUUCAAUAGUAUGAAUCUUGAUAGUGUUUGACUGUAGAAGGUCCAACAUUUAAUAAUUAGAGUAGUCAUUGAAUCAACGGAGACAUUUAUUUGCAGUUUACUUGUUUGACCAUAAUUGAAUUAUGAAUAAAUUGAUGAUAAUUAAA